CUCGUGUUAGAGGCUCGGGCAUGAUGAUGGUGACAGACAGACUGUGAAUGAACGAAACGCUAUGCAGUACGUCCGAAAUGAUUCAUGAGGUUGCUUCUGGUGAAGGCAGCACAUUGAUUUAAAAGCAGAAGACUUGACUGGAGAAGGAAGCCCAUCGUUUCGGGCAAGAGGAGGGAAGAAUCCGUAUUUUGAUGGUCCUGGAAGCUGUCUAAAUGUCUAAAUGGCAGGAGCACAGCCUGGGGUUCACGCGCUGCAGCUCAAACCGAUUUCUGUCUCAGAGAAUCUGAAGAAAGGCAGUCGGUUUAUGAAAUGGGAUGAUGACUCAUCUACGGUUACCCCAGUGACGCUACGGGUAGACCCGCAGGGCUUCUUCCUCUACUGGACAGACCAGAAUAAGGAAACCGACCUGUUGGACAUCACCUUCAUCAAAGAUGCAAGGACCGGAAAGUGCACAAAGACUCCCAAGGAAGCCAAGCUGCGGGAGCUCUUGGACGUGGGAAACUUGGUUGGGAGGAUUGAGAACCGUAUGCUAACAGUCGUCACGGGGCCGGACAUGGUGAACAUCACAUACCUCAACUUCAUGGCAAAUCAGGAGGAAGUUGCCAAGGAGUGGGCCGACGAGUUGUUUAGUCUGGCCUCCAAUCUGCUGGCUCAGAACAUGGCACGGGAAUCCAGCCUGGAGAAAGCAUAUACCAGACUAAAGCUGCAGCCAAACCCUGAGGGCCGCAUCCCAGUCAAGAACAUAUGCCGCAUGUUCUCAGCUGACCGGAAACGUGUGGAGACCGCGCUGGAGAGCUGUAAUCUCCCGUCGGGUCGGAAUGACUCCAUUCCUCUCGAGGACUUCACUUCUGACGCUUAUAAAGUGUUCCUUAGCAACAUCUGUCCAAGGCCGGAAAUCAAUCAGAUAUUUACAGAGCAAGGUGCAAAGGGCCGUAACUACAUGACCAUCGAACAGAUGAUGGAUUUCAUCAACUUCAAGCAGCGGGACCCUCGGCUCAACGAGAUCCUCUACCCUCCCCUCAAACCCGACCAGGUGCAACAGCUCAUGGAGAGGUUUGAGCCCAACCCAGAGAUCCUCCAGAAAGGGCAGAUAUCUCUAGAGGGGUUCUCCAGGUACCUGAUAAACGAGGAGAACGGCGUGAUUCCUCCCGAGAAACUUGACCAGAGCGAGGACAUGACCUUCCCACUCUCGCACUACUUCAUCAACUCCUCCCACAACACUUACCUCUCAGCGGGCCAGCUGGCAGGCAACUCGUCGGUGGAGAUGUAUCGUCAGGUUUUGCUGUCCGGCUGCCGCUGCGUGGAGCUCGACUGCUGGAAGGGCCGUACCGCCGAGGAGGAGCCCGUCAUCACACACGGCUUCACCAUGACCUCCGAAAUCUCAUUCAAGGAAGUGAUCGAGGCCAUUGCUGAGUGUGCCUUCAAAACAUCUCCGUUUCCUGUCAUCCUGUCCUUUGAAAAUCACGUGGACUCGCCCAAGCAGCAAGCCAAGAUGGCGGAAUACUGCAAAUCAAUAUUUGGAGACGCUCUUUUGACCGAGACGCUGGAGAAAUAUCCCUUGGAGCAUGGCGUGCCUCUACCCAGCCCCAUGGACCUGAUGGGCAAGAUCCUGAUCAAGAAUAAGAAGUCGCACCACAAGCCAUCGGACGGUAGCGGCAAGAAGAAGCUGUCAGAGCAGGUCUCCAACACCAACAGUGACUCCUCCAGCACGGCCGAGCCCUCCUCACCCAGCAAUGUAAGUCUACCUGUGGAAGUGGAGGCUGAGAGUGAGGAAGAAGACGAUGACGAUGAUGACCCCACCAAGGGCGCAGUCGAAGAUGAAGUGGUAGCCACAGAGGAGAUGUCCAACCUCGUCAACUACAUCCAGCCCACCAAAUUCAACUCCUUUGAAGCCUCCAAAAAGAACAACCGCAGCUAUCAGAUGUCGUCCUUUGUGGAGACCAAAGCCCUGGAGCAACUCACAAAGUCACCAGUGGAAUUUGUGGAAUACAACAAGCUGCAGCUGUCUCGUAUCUACCCCAAGGGGACGCGCGUGGACUCCUCCAACUACAUGCCCCAAGUCUUCUGGAACGCCGGCUGCCAGCUGGUGGCGCUCAAUUUCCAAACAAUAGACCUGUCUAUGCAGUUGAACCUGUUCAUGUAUGAGUACAAUGGGAAGAGUGGUUAUCGGCUGAAACCCGAGUUCAUGAGAAGGCAUGACAAGGCCUUCGACCCCUUCACUGAGACGACGGUGGACGGCAUCGUGGCCAAUACACUAUCCAUAAAGAUCAUAUCUGGUCAGUUUUUGACUGACAAGAAAGUUGGUGUGUACGUGGAAAUCGAUAUGUUUGGGAUACCCGUGGACACACGAAGAAAGGCCCUGAGAACCAAGACAUCGCAGAACAACGCGGUGAACCCUGUGUGGGAUGAGGAACCCAUUGUCUUCAAGAAGGUGGUUCUACCCACGCUAGCUGUUCUGAGAUUAGCUGCGUUUGAGGAGGGAGGGAAGUUUAUUGGCCAUCGUAUUAUACCAGUAUCAGCCAUACGACCAGGAUAUCGAUAUAUUGGGCUCAGGAGUGAGAAGAAUCAGAACCUCACUCUUCCCACAGUAUUCGUGUACAUCGAAGUGAAAGACUAUGUGCCUGAUACGUUUGCAGAUGUCAUUGACGCCCUGUCCAACCCCAUCCGAUACGUGAAUCUAAUGGUGCAGAGAUCUAAACAGCUGGCAGCCCUGACUGGGGAGGAGGAUGUCAAAGAGACUGCUGAGCCGGGAGUAGAGCCCUCUGCAGGAGUGGAGCCAAGCACAGAGCAGCAGAAACCUGCCCCAUUGGAGAACGGGGUUAGCCACGCCCCCAGCAGCACCGCCCCCAAACCAGCCUCCCAGGCCCCGCCCCCCACCUCACAGCCAGCAGCGUCUACUAAACCUGCGGCAACGAAGACUGAAGACAUCAUCCAGAGUGUCAUGACAGAAAUGGAGGCCCAGACCCUGGAGGAGUUGAAGCAGCAGAAGGCAUUUGUGCGGGAGCAGAGGAGGCACUACAAGGAGACCAAGGAGCUGAUGAAGAAGCACCACAAGAAGACCACAGACAUGAUCAAGGAGCACACCUCCAAGUACAGCGAGUUCCAGAACGAGUACCUGAGGAGGCGCGGCGUACUGCAGAAGUCGGCUAAGAGAGAUAGCCGUAAGAGGUGCCUGUCCCCAGGACAGGAGCACACGUCAUCGCUAUUUGACCACGAGCUGGCCCAGCUGGAUACGGAGAGCAAGGCCAAACUGGCGGAGCUAAAGGAACAACAGCAGCAGCAACUACUCAACCUCCGUCAGGAGCAGUACUACAGCGAGAAGUACCUCAAGAAAGAACACAUCAAGCAGCUCAUGGUGAAGCUGACAACAGUUGCAGAAGAAUCCCAAAGCAACCAGAUGAAGAAACUGAAGGAGAUGUGUGAAAAAGAGAAGAAAGAGUUGAAGAAGAGAAUGGACAGGAAGAGGCAGGAGAAAAUCAAUGAGGCUAAAUCAAAGGAGAAGCACUUAACCGAAGAAGAGAAGCAGGACAUUAACAGGUCAUUUGUCACUGAAGUUGUGCAACACAUGCGCAAGUUGGAGGAUGCUCAGACUAAGAGACAUGAGAAGCUUGUUGAGAGCCACAAGAGUAUUCUACAGCAGAUUGUAGAGGAGAAACCUAAGCUGCAGGGAGACCUGGAUCAGGAGUACCAGGACAAGUUCCGGCGGUUGCCUCUGGAGAUUCAGGAGUUUGUGGCGGAGGCGACUAAGAGGAAGCUGACAGAGGCGGACGGGGAGCCGCCAUCAGGGGGCAGCAGCCUGAUACCCUCCUCCUCCACGCAGGACAAGCUCAGUCUCAGGGGGGCGCUCUCUGAGGAAGAAACCACAGAGGACGAGAGGAAAGAUUGAAACACUGGAAGCUUUAAAACAGAAAAAAAACUUUG